AUGCCUUAUCCAGUGAUACAAUCACACCUAGAUGGGGAAAUGUCUAAUAAGAAAUGGUUAAGAGACUGUAAUUUUGUAAACUACCUAUUACGUAUCCUCUCCCUCGUUUUGAUUCUUCCCUUAGCAUCUCACUCUUACAUCAAAGACUCAAUAUCACCUACAUUCGCGUUUUUCCACGUCGAAACUCCUCUAUGCAUCCCAUUACCAGCAUCGCCACACUUCCGCCCGUCCGUGUCCAACUGCCCUGCUGAAUCAAGCACUACCUUUGGUAGGCAUAAAGAAUACGAGAGCCUGGCACACGCCCAAGAUCCGCUUUGGGACGACCUAAUCCCUCAAAACGGCGGGUUUCUGAUUCUUCCAUCUGCACACGGCGAGUUGAACCAAUACAAUGUUAGCAUGUUCCACCAGCUGCACUGCCUCGCUAUGAUCCGAAGCGUUGUGCAAGGGCUGCAAGAAAAGACCGAUCCCGCGCGCAUCCACGUGCGUCACGACCAUGGGCAUGGAGACCCUGAAGCUGGAAUAAGUGAUAAGCAUUGGCAACAUUGCCUCGAUUAUCUACGUCAAAGAAUCCUUCGCAAUGCCAACCCGACCAUCGAAGAACCAAGGAUUAAUUCAGCAAGGGAAAAAUUUAUUAAUGGAAUGGUGGAGCGUCAAUGUCAUGGCCCCAACGUUCUCUUCGCUGCGAGUGUCGAGUCUUUUUGGUAUGCCAAUGAAGAGAUUCGAACUGGUAGAAGGAAAUUUCUGUAUCACGAUUGAUUGAAAUUUCGUAUAUAAACAUGUCAACCCAACUACAAUUCUUUGUCGCCAUCAAGAGCUCUCCAGAAUUUGUUCUCGGUCUCUU